GGCGUGGCUUCACACAUACAUCUGAUCUAGACUUGGUAGUGGAAUCGCGCUCAGUUCACAGACGCGCUUCGUACCGCCCAAGAACUACUAAAAACUUCAGUUAUGAAUGACAAUACUUGACUAACUAUCCACAGAGAGUUUAUUUUAAAGAAGGAAGCACCGAAGCUUUACAAAGAGCUCUUCUCCAAGUAGCCUACCGUCCGCUGCGCGGAUGAGAGAAGAGGAGGAAAUUUACAAGCUAGACUCGGGUUCUUCUGUCGGGGUUGAAUGAAUUGAUAUACUCAAACAAAUUAUACAUUUUAACGACCGAGGGAAGGCAGAAGACAGCUCGGGUCAGAAUAAGAAGAGCACGAGAGUGACUGUCACUAGAUGCUAUAUGAGGUGUCGCGCGAGCGGGCGCUUCAUGAGGGGCGAUGGAGAGGCUGAUGGACUGGAGACCUCCAACAUUUCUGCUUCUCACCUUACUGUGGGUGUUUCCAGGUGAUUCUCAGCGGGUCGAGGUGCCACGGAAAGACAUGGAGGUAAUCAUGGGACAAAUGGUUGUUCUGGAGGCCUGGUACACCCCCACCACCUCCAUCGAGAAGAACACAGUCAUCUGGAGCUUCAUGGCCAAUGACUCCAAACAAGUCAUCUCCUACUCCUCAGGACAGAUUGGCAUCGGUAGUGCUGACUUUCGGAAGCGGGUGGGUUUUGCCAUGUCUAUGCCUUCUGCCAAUCUGUCCAUCUACAUAAAUAACACGCAGGAGUCUGACUCCGGGCGCUACAUCUGCAAUGUCAUCAUCCCAGGAGGUAUAGGCCUGUUAGGGGAACUAAACCUCAAUGUUAAAGUUCCUCCAUCUGCACCCAUAUGCUCUAUGACAGGAAAUCCUGUACUGAGUGGAAAUGUAACACUGAGCUGUAAAUCCAGCUAUGGCAAACCUGUUCCUCAGUACAAAUGGACCAAAGCAGCUCCUCUUUCUGAGGUCUUCUUCUCUCCCAUGCAAAAGUGGAGGUCCUGCCCCCAGCCUGUGCUUGUACUGGGAUACCUGGAUGAGAGGCAGGGCACCCUUCGACUUAGCAACCUCACCAAAAGCAUGUCCGGCAAGUAUAUUUGCCGUGCCAGUAACACGGCUGGAACUGACAGUUGCCACAUCAAUCUAGAGGUCUCCACCCCUAACAAUGCCUGGGUCAUCGCGGGGGCCACGGUGGGGUCUGUGGUGGGUCUGAUGGCUCUGGUCUUAUUCCUGAUCUUUAUCCUGAGGAGAAAUCGUGACACUGAGGAUGAAAUGGCCAAUGAUAUCAAGGAAGACGCACAGGCCCCAAAACGCGUCUCCUGGGCUAAAAGUGGCACAGGAUCGGACAUCAUAUCAAAGAACGGCACAUUGUCCUCCAUAACCACCAGCCCUCCUGCACAGGACCCUCACAAUCCACUCCAAAACAACCAUUACCCAUACCCCCCAGGUGCCUUGGACACCGCCUCCAUCCUCACUACCUCCGGUAGCACAACCACUUACCGCCUACGCCCAGGGGAUCCCAACCCACUACACGGCCUGCCCGGAUACAACGCCAGCAGCACACCCAAUCACACACUUCGACACCCUCACCACCAUCGCCAUCACAGUCCUGCAGGCCUCAACCCCAACAGCUGCUCCACACACAGGACUGAGGGGCCGCAGCCACAGGCCCCGUUCCCGCUCAACAUGCCUAUAAACACUGCUACUCUGUCCCGCAUGGGGGCGGUGCCAGUCAUGGUGCCCACCCAGAACCACGCCGGCUCAUUGGUGUAACAUCACUAAAGUCAAAUAAUGUGCUAAAGACUUACACAACUUAUGAGGAAGAGUUUGACAAAGCUAUAAAUAUAAAAUUUGGCUUAGUUUUUAUACAGAUUAAAGUACAGUAAAAUAUAGUUAUCUGUCAAAAACACCUUUGUUUUAUAAAGUAUUCUAUGUGUUUUUUUUACUGAGCGUAAUUUGUGUUUUGAUGUGUUCUCAUCAUCAAAUUGUUACACUGACCGAGAACAGUAUUUUUAAUUUAUUUUGUCAACUUUACAGUGUUGUACAUUUAUAAGACCAGAUGAUAUGAAGGGAUGCAGACGUCACUGAUGAUGUUUACUGUUUAUGGAUUCAGAUUUAUCCAGUUAUUUAGUCCUUCAUUUAAAUUUAUGGGAUUAGUUCAAUAGUUCACAAAUAUUUUACAUAGGCUGUUCUUGUGCCUCUUGUGCCUCCGUUUCUCUCAGGAGUUUUCUCUUUUUUUUCUGUCAAGCAGUUGACAGAUUUCUAAAGAUGAGCAGUGCUUUUAUUUUCAAAAUUAACAUUUUCUGGCCAUUCAGAGGAAUUUAUAGUUUCAAUGAGAGAAAAGGGAUGAUUUUAAAGUAGAAAAUAAAAUGAAUGCCCAUGAAAA